CAGAGUCAGCCCCCUCCGUUUGUACUGUAGAGUAGCUACUCAAGAACCCUAAGCAAAGAUGAUGCGGGGGAGCAUCCUUACUCGCGAUCUGUGGAGCGGAAUCAAUGGCAUCAUAAAACAAUCAAUCCCAUUUGGGGGUAGUAAUUGUAGAAAAAAUGGGAGAUGGUACAGCCUUAUACCGAUGGUGAUUGAGCACUCUUCCCGGGGGGAGCGUGCCUACGAUAUAUUCUCUCGUCUGCUCAAGGAGAGGAUCAUUUGCAUCAAUGGCCCUAUAUCCGACGACACUGCCCACGUCGUCGUCGCCCAGCUUCUCUUCCUCGAGUCCGAGAAUCCAUCUAAACCCAUUCACAUGUACCUCAACUCCCCUGGUGGCGCCGUGACUGCUGGUCUUGCUAUCUACGAUACUAUGCAGUACAUCCGAUCUCCGAUCAACACGACGUGCCUGGGCCAAGCUGCAUCAAUGGCUUCUCUUCUCUUGGCUGCUGGUGCAAAGGGUGAGCGAAGAUCCCUCCCAAAUGCUACCAUUAUGAUUCAUCAGCCUUCUGGUGGACACAGUGGGCAGGCCGAGGACAUGAAAAUUCACACCAAGCAGAUUGUUCGGGUUUGGGAUUCAUUGAAUGCGCUAUAUGCAAAGCAUACAGGACAACCUAUUGAAGUAAUUAGGAAGAAUAUGGAUCGUGAUUAUUUCAUGACACCAGAAGAGUCAAAGGAGUUUGGUAUUUUAGACGAGGUCAUAGAUCAGAGACCAACGGCCCUUGUGACCGAUGCUGUUGCAAAUGAGGACAAAGAUAAAGGUUCAAACUAGAGAUUGCAGUUCUCUUACUUCCAUGGUGCAUUUCCCGUCUUAGGAUCAAGGGAAUUCUUAUUGGUCGACCUACCUUAAGACCUGUUAUGAGCACACAUCGAGAAGUUCUCAUUCUUCCAUCUCCUUCGAGCAUAUUUUGUGCAUUUUCCUUUUCCGCCACCUCCAUCCGUUGUAUCUUUAGUUUUUGAUAAUCUCUGCACAUUAGCAUAGGUCCACACAUUCUCGCAUGUUUUUGACUCUAUGAUGGGCAUUGCAGGUACCGGUUUAUCAUUACAUACCAAAUCAAAAGUAGGAUCGUAUGAAUUUGCUAAUACGUUUUACAGGAUACUUGGAUUCCUUGUCUUCAAAUUGUGAAUUAGCA